GCGAAUUUGAUUGUAACACUGACAUGGCUUUGGUUCUACAAAAAAUUUAUAAGUUUUAUGAUUAUCAUUUUAACGAAAAUGUUGAUGAAAGAAUUAAAGAUUUAUUUUUGAUGCAAUCUCCAUGGCUGAUUACAUGCAUUGUUGGUGGAUAUGUUUUUUUCGUUACUGGUUUUGGUCAACGGUUGAUGAAGGAUAGAAAAGCUUUUGAUCUAACAUCGAUCAUAAACAUCUAUAACAUCAUUCAAGUAUUCUUAAAUUUAUUCAUGGGUCUUGGAGCGCUGAUAACACUUUUUGAUAUGGACGAUUUGAAUUUAACAUGUGUGCCUGUAGCUAGAUUAAUAAAAACAGAAAUGGGAAUGAAAAUAAUACGAUUUAGUCAUAUGUAUCAUCUGAUUAAAGUUAUUGAUUUACUUGAUACGAUUUUCUUCAUUCUGAGGAAGAAGAAUCACCAAGUCUCGUUUUUACACAUCUAUCAUCAUGCAGUUAUGGCUGGAGGAACUUAUCUAUACAUAAAAUUCUGUUCUGGUGGUGGACAACCUUUAUCACUUGGCAUUAUCAACAGUUUUGUUCAUGUAAUUAUGUAUGGAUAUUACUUCCUCACAUCCUUUAAACCUGAACUUAAACAAAGUAUCUGGUGGAAGAAACACAUUACACAAAUUCAAAUGAUACAAUUUGCAGUUAUAAUUUUUCAUCAUUUACUUCCAUUGUAUUAUGAAUGCUCUUUCCCAAAAACAUUAUCAGCAAUUGUUGCAUUUCAAAAUAUCUUUAUGCUUAUCAUGUUUUCGGAUUUCUAUGUGAAAGCUUAUAUUAAGAAAAAAAGUGUCAAACAUAAUUAAAAUUUUGAUUCUUGUGAGCUGAAAUGUAUUUAAAUUA